GCUUAUCAUGUCAACGACAACAAAUUACUCAGUAUGACUUUUCCUUUUCGUAUUCUAAAUUGGUUCUUUCUUGUUUUCACUGCGGUAUUGGAAAUAGUGGCUCUCGUCUUUCUGGUUAAGCUGCUCUUCACGCACUGUGUGCUGGGCGGCGAAUAUGGUAUAUCGGUGUGGUUCUAUAUCUAUUUUCUACCUGGAAUUACUGCCCACACUUUGGUUUUAGCCAUAUUCCGUUGCUUCUGGUGCACCGUUGGCCUGGAUCCCAUUGCUGUGGCAUUCAACCUAGUCAGCGGAAUUUUUUGUAUUAUCGCAACUCUCCUUCUGCUAUUUGCCAUGUGGGAUCACUGUGGAAACGAGUUUACCUAUCAGUUCUAUAUCUCGGCCAUAUGUGGACUGAUUGCUGGCAUCUUCCAUUUGAUUAAUGGCGGCAUGUGCCUCGUGUUUAUGCCUUCAGAGGAGGCACACUAUUUGAAGCCCUCGAAAAGACGAAAGACGAGCCUCUACUGAAGUUCAGAAGAUAAAUUGUUUAUGUAAAGAAGCCAAUAUAUUUAUUUAUCAAAAAAAUUUUAGUAUAAUUCCCA